AUGUCUUCAACAUCGGGUAAUUCAGGUUACGCCAACCUCAACGAUAUCAACUUCACCGGUGGAUUUCCCACUUCUGCUGAUUUGGCUCCAUCUAUCGUCUUCCUCGUUGUGUACGCGUUAAUGAUCCCGGUUUUGGGCUUCAGAUGGUUCAGGAGAGAUGACCGAAGCACACUCCUGAUACGACCCACUAUAUUCUUAGUCUGUAGAAUUGGGAUGUUAGUCAUCAGAGCUUAUAUGGCUAAAAACACGUAUGGCGAGGGUCUAUUGAUCGCCGAGUUGGUUCUCGUCUCAGUCGGUUUCCUGUUCCUCAUUGAGCCUGUAAAUGGAUGUUGGAAACUCCAAAUCGAUUCAGAUAUGUCUCAAGAAGAUCGACCACGAUGGGUAAGAAGACUGGCUACCCUACUCAAACUCAUGCUUAUAGCUGCGAUUGUCACUGCAAUCGUCGGGGCCUCGUUGAUCUCGGGAGCCCUUGGAAAUCAUGGACAAUUGAUUUUGGUCAAACAGUUGAGACAAGCCAGUAAUGUCUUAUCCUUCAUCACUGUGGUCGUAGCGGCUAUCACAGCUGUUCUCACAUAUUUCAAAUUCUCCUUGGACACGAGAGGGACGAUCUUCAUCGUUACUACAGCGUCAUCUUUAACAGUCGUAGCCGUAUAUCGGGUGGUACAGACUUUCACUAACGACCAUGGCGCUCCCGUCAACUCAAGGGUCGCUUUUUGGGUAUUACAGAUGGUCUUCGAGCUCAUCGCAUUUGCGCUUAUCUUAGCUAUCUCGAUCCCUACUUGGUUCCCCGGUGAAGCAGGUAGGGUGACAAGGGUCAACCCCGACGUGGAAGCCUACAGAUUGAGAGAACCUCAAGCUCAUGGCCAGCCCAAACAUAACUGA